AUGAAACUUAAAAGUUCGAUUAAUCCCGAAGAACUGAGCCUGGGACCUUCCGGCAGCGGGGGACACAGUCUGAGCCCUCAGGGCAUCAAUCCGCCCGAACCGUCUGCCACGCCCGUAGAAAUAACUUCUUUGAAAGCGGAGCCAAGCCUUUGCAGCAGUCCGACGGGUGAAGAUUCGUGCAGUAAUAGCAGUACAAUGUUUCCCGGGCACGAGUCGCAGAGUCAACAGGGAAAAAUAAGCUACCGAGGAGUUUUCACGACGACCGGUGCCAGCCCGCUCAGCAUUUCUUCGGGUCAGUUACCGGGAUUGAGCCCUUCACCGACUCCCGGUGGAAUAAACCACUGGUUGUUACCUAGUCCGGACAAAACACUUUUCCCUCCAAUAUUCGGGUUAUUAGGUCAGCAACAACCGGGACAGAGUUCUCCGCAACAGUACCACGCGACCGGCUCACCGACGGGUCAUUACGAAGACCGAUCUCAACAGCAGCACGAACUUUUGGGUUUGGGUCUCGACAACCUGGCCCUCAAGCAACCUCCUUCGUAUUCGUCAUGCUCUGUGCCAACCUCAUCCGGUUUACCCAUGAACGAAGUCCAGCCGGAUUUGUCUUACUCCACGAGGGUAUCGCAAUCUCUCGGAUCCGGAGCAAAAUAUCACUGGCUGGAUUCGCAAAACGUCGAUUACGGUAGCCAACUACACGUACCUGGACCGUCUGGUGUCGUACCCAAAGAAGAACCGUACACGAGUACGAGUUCGAGUGAAGUAGUUCAGGGACAAAGUCAGUUUUCGGUUCAGCUCGCCGAGUAUAACGUGUCCACGAGCAAAGGACACGAAAUUCUCUCGCAAGUUUAUCAGCAAACUCACAUGCCGCUCAAACUAGUCCCCGUCAAACCUAGAAAAUAUCCAAAUAGACCUAGCAAAACCCCCGUUCACGAACGACCCUACGCGUGUCCCGUCGAAAACUGUGAUAGAAGAUUUUCGAGAUCGGAUGAACUCACUCGACAUAUACGCAUUCACACGGGUCAAAAACCGUUUCAGUGUCGAAUAUGCAUGCGGUCGUUUUCGCGUUCGGAUCAUCUCACCACUCACAUUCGGACUCACACGGGUGAAAAACCAUUUUCAUGCGACGUGUGCGGUAGAAAAUUUGCGAGGAGUGACGAAAAAAAGCGACACGCGAAAGUACAUUUAAAACAGCGGAAAAAAGAGAGUAAACUAGCGUCGCAAGCAUCUCAUGCCCAAACCCAGCAACAACAGCAGCAGCAUCAUCAUCAUCACCAUCACCAUCAUCAUCAUCAAACGGUACAUCACCAGCAGCAGCAACAACAGCAGCAACAACAACAACAACAACAACAUCAUCAUCCUCAUCACAGCCACGUUUCGGAUGACAGUUUGUCAAUGCCGGUUGUGACAACAUCACUUUAA